UUGGCGUGUGGGUGAAGAUGUAGGUUGUAAACAAAUCGAUAUUCAAAUACGACGUAUAGCAGUGUAGUGUUAUUAAAAUGGAGUUUAUUUAAGUUUGAGAGUGCUUUACCUGCCCAUGAGAAGAGUAUCAGUUCUGGUAAUAUAAGUAAAUGAGUAUCAAAAUGCCCACGUACAGAGUUCAGAACCUUUAUAACAUAUGUCUGAAUAGCAUUGUGUGUAAUGUCAACUUUUGGUUGAAACUGAAGAAGGACCUUGACAAAAAUGGGAAUAAAUACAGCCCAUUUAGCGUCUUGCCUGCAUCAUUGGAGCAAGAACUGCUGGACACUUAUGUGCGCAUUCAUAGUUUACCUGACAGGUAUAACUUCUGGCUGGAGCAUCAGGAAAAGUGGAGACUGUUUAUAACUGAACACAUCAGUAGACUUGCAAUAACAGAUUACACAGAGAAGGCAAGCCUCCUCCAUAUUGCUGCAACAUGUAGGAACCUGAAGUACCUUGACAUCAAGAAUGUAUAUGAAGCUCUCCCAUGUCUCAAAACAAUAGCACCUUGUUUGAAAACGGUUGUUUCACUUAACUUUGUGACAAUGGCACAUAUUAACAGCACCACACUGAAGUAUAUCCGGAGUCAUUGCCCAAAUCUCAGGUUUCUUGGAUUACGAUCAUGUGUCCUCAAUGACAAAGCAUUGGGGCAUCUGAAGCAUAUAAAUACUCUCACAGAGCUCGACAUAAGGGACACAGAGGUUACAGCAUCAGGCAUAUGUCUUGUUUUAAAACACAACCCUCAGCUGCGUAGCUUACAUCAUCCAGAGGUAGUGCGUGGGCUCUAUAAAAUGCAUUCCUCUCGAACUUGGUUGGUACGUGUAGAGUCGAGUCUCUUGUCUUCUACUAUGAUGUCAUAUCAGUUGAGAGACAUUGAGUUUGAGAUAUCAAAGAAGGAUAAUCCUGGAAUGUUAGCUGUAGUUGUUUCAUCUUGUCCAGCUAUAGAAAGAGUCCGUGUUGAAGUUGAUGCUAGUGCUCCAGCUGACUCACUCGCACCUUUAGCGAAACUUCAAUAUUUGACAGAGCUAGAUGUCCAGUGCUGUGGUGACAGUACACACAAAGGGUGGGAUGACCCUGCUUCAGCUGCUAUAAAUCUGUUUGCUUGUAGUAUUGUGCCAAUCUUAGAAGCUCGUGGCAGAAACCUGUAUGCUUUCACAAUGGAGGGAAUUGUUUCUGUUGAUAUGCAGCUGAUUGAACACCUCUGCCCUAAUUUAGUAAGCUUAGGUUUAUACUACAACUCUUAUUUUGAAGAAUCAUUUAUUAUCCCUGAAGAUUUGACUCUUUCAAAGCCAUUUCCUGGGCUUCGCAGACUUCUAUUUGGCUCUAAUUCUGGAGACAGUGAUUUUCCAUCAGAAUAUUUGGAAUGGCUGCUGUCAAAUCAAGAUUUGGAAGAACUUUCUCUCUCUGGCUCACCUCUUUUUAAUAUUGAGUUAUUCAAUAACGCAUUUGCAAAUUCUUCUGCGUAUCCAAACUUACGUCGUCUUGAAUUAGAUUACUGCAAUGUGACCGCCGAUGUUAUAAUAGAGUUUUUAUAUCAUUGUGGUCGUAAAUCAUUACGAGAGCUCAGUAUUUGUGGCCCAUUUGUAAGAGAACAAGCAGCACCAUCUCUUUGUUAUAUACUCUGCGAAAAAUUGGAUGUUCAACUUGAGGCAUACUUUUAUUCAUUUGUGAAACUGAAAAAGAGACUAAUUCGAUACAAGCAGGAUCUCACUUGCAUCAGUUCAGAAUUGGACAUGAUAUCACUUCACAACAAUUUCGACCAUUGCCGUUUGAUAGAGUUUAUUGAUCCUAACUGAUGCAGUGGUGAGUCUUGCAAUUAUUAAUUUGUUGUUUGUACUAGUCGUUACCAAAAGAGUGACUGUGAGAUAAAUGUUAAAGAUUUGUCAAGGAAGUUACAUACCCUUCUCUGUGAUUAUGGAAUGUGAACAUAUCAUUCUUUUCCUAAGCCAAAGAAAUAUCAUUUUCAGUUAGAUCAUAAAUUACAUAUUAGUAUGAAUUAUCCAGAAAUCAUACAUCCAUUGAAAUAUUUGAAAUCAUUUUUUAGU